GUGCAGUCUGUUAACGUAACGCGUUAACAGUACGCCAAUGCACUGAGCAAAUGAUACAUUUUGCAAUACUGCUGAAAGACGCAUGUUGUUUGUACGUGAAUAUUUGUAGGUUCUUUAAAUCUUUCAGGUGAUUAUUAUUAAUAAUUUUCAGAGGCUAAAAGAAUGUGAUCACGGCACCUUAACGUUGAGAGUGGCCCAAUAUUGCUUUUAUUCUGCAGCAGUGCGACGCGUCACACGCAAGGUGCGGCAGUGCCCAGCGCGAGCCGGUUACGAUUUGGGUUUGGCCCUAAUCUGGAUAAACCCAUCAACAACCUCAAUGAUCUUGUAGAUCAGAAGCAGCGUGAUGACUAAAACGCCCGAUACCCCGGCACCCUGCGCGGGUAUGGGUGAUGUCCACCACAGCCAUCCUGAGGAGCAACUCUCCAGACGCGCUCGCGUUGCUGUGCCUGAACUGAUUGUUACCUGCGAGCCGUGUGUCACCGAGUGUGACGAGAUCCCCCGCGGACCCUGCUCGGGCUCUCAUCACCCCGACGAGGAGUCCAUAUGCUCGGACAGUGGGCUCAGCGGCUCCCCCGCCUCGUCCCUGACUGAUCUGUGGAAGAAGUCCAAGAAUAUGGUGAACUGGUUUCCACUUCCAGUGACGGUGAAAAAGCGCUCUCCCUGGGUGCAGGUGGUCGGCCAUGCAGGAAACUUUCAGACGGGCAGUGAUGGAAGGCUGCUGAAGAAGUACUGCGAGUGUGAGAAGCAGUGUUUUCUGCAGCUCAUGAGCGACUCACUGCGGCCCUUCAUUCCUGGAUACUAUGGCGUGACUCAGCGUGAAGAGCAGGAUUACAACCUCAUGGACGACCUCCUCGCUGACUUUGACUCGCCCUGCAUCAUGGACUGCAAAAUGGGGAGCCGGACUUACCUGGAGGAAGAGUUGAGGAAGGCCUGCGAGUGUCCUCAGCCACGCAAAGACAUGUAUGAAAAAAUGAUAGCAGUGGACCCGGACGCCCCUACUGAGGAGGAGCGGGCCCAGCAGGCGGUACUCAAAACCAGAUACAUGCAGUGGAGAGAAACCCUCAGCUCAACAGCCACGCUGGGCUUUCGCAUCGAGGGCAUCAAGAAAUCAGAUGGCACUUGUAACACUAACUUCAAGAGAACAAAGUACAAAGAUGAGGUCAUCCAAGCCCUGGAGGACUUUGUGGACAACAACAUGUUAAUCUUGAGAAGUUACCAACAACGCCUGAAGGAACUACGAGCUGUGCUGGAGAAAUCAGAUUUCUUUAAAGCACAUGAGGUGGUGGGCAGCUCCUUAUUAUUUAUCCAUGAUCUGACUGGCAAGGCUGGAAUCUGGAUGAUUGACUUUGGAAAGACUGUGCCCAUGCCGCCCCCUCUUACCCUGGACCAUCGCAGCCCGUGGGUGGAGGGCAACAGAGAGGACGGGUACCUCUGGGGCCUGGACAAUUUUAUUGACAUUCUGACCAACGUUCUUCCGGGGAAAUGAAAGGCAUUGUGGAUCUUCAGAAUUGUCAUUUUCUGCACAGACUGUCUGGUUUCCCUUUUUUUGUUUCUACAUGGAGAAUAGAUGAAGGUAGGAGAGAAUGAACCGAUGGAAUGGACUGACUGGCCUCAACAUUUACUACAAGUCCUACUGAUGAACAUCUAAGCCUGUGAAUUUACCUGCUGAAGCCCCUCGCUAUGUUGUUGUUCUCACUACUUUUGAAAAGCUGCAUGUAUUUUUACACUGUAAAUAGAUUUUUAUUUAAGCAGUUUGCUCUUAGGGGUUGAUUAGUAAAAGAUUAGCUUCGUUUCAUGAACAUUAACCCUGCAGAUGAAAAUCAUUACAGUCGUCUUGUUUUGAUAGAUAUGUUAAGCCAUGCUUUUGAAUACUAAUGAAAAUCUGGAACUUCGUAGUCUGUUUGUGAUAGUUGCCAGAUAUUUUUCCUGCGUUUUACUUCAUUUUUGUGACCAAACGUGUUUGGGGAUGAACUGAAUUGAAGUGCACACUAUUAACAGUCCCAUAAACUGAAGCUGAAUCGAAUCACAGAACAACAAAAACCUCUUGCACUUUUCUUAGUACUGUUUUAAUAACAUUGCAUAGCUCCUGAUAUAAGAAAAAUGUGUGUUUUGUGUUCUGUCUUAAUCACGCACUAUUUUAAUUCACAUCAAACACCGUUAGUUAAACUGUUAUGCCUCACAUUCCCAUGUUGUGUGUUUUUUGCAUGCAAACAUGAGCUGCUGAACAGCCCCUGUUAAUAGCAAAUAUAUGCCAAUUUGACUGAGAAUGGUGUGUGGGAUAUUUGAGCCAGUGCUCCUUAUGCACAAAUUCAGUGUUUGCACUGUUAAUUUGAAAUCGCCUUAUUGAGGUUUUGUACUGUAUAAUAAGUAAACGACUUGUGAUCAUUAUGUUGGGAGCUUUGUUGUCCUGGCUGUUUUAGUUUUGCAGUUCUGGGUUCUGUGAUGAUAACUAUUAUAAUAUUUUUCCAUGCUGGGUAAUUUUGUAAAGGUGUUUGACUGUCAGCACAAUAAACAUAAACAUGAUGUGA